UGGGUGGAUUUUCCCCACGUGACGUCAGAGCGCUGUUCCAAGAUGGCAGCGCCCAUCCUGCGAGGCGUGAGGCACUGUGGCUGGAACUUGCGUGGAGUGGGACGUGGAGGCCUCAGCGAAGUGGCCCGGAGAGAGAUCAAUUUCAAACUAGAUGAGAAGACUGCCCACAGUGCCUUGGACUUGUAUAAAAAGGACACUGGUGUCAUUUACCGCAUGCUGGGGAUUGACCCCACUAAAGUUCCUCAGAACCCUGAACGCUUCAAGGACUGGGCUGUAAUCCUGGGCAAUGCCAUUGUGUCCAGUGGCUGCCAUUACUGGGAAGUGACUGUUAAAUUGUCACAGCACUUCCGCAUCGGGGUGGCCGAUGUGGACAUUUCCAGAGAAGUUUGCAUUGGCAUGGAUGAGAGUUCCUGGGUCUUUGCUUAUGCAGACCGGCACUGGAAUGCCAUGUUUGCCAGCGAGACCACUCCCAUCAGCAACAUUGGCAAGCCAGAGAGAGUGGGUCUGCUUUUGGACUAUGAAGGCAAGAAAUUGAGCUUGAUUGAUAUUAGCAAAUUUGCAUUUAUACAUAGCAUGUCUGCUGAAUUCAAAGGCCCCGUGGUGCCUGCUUUUGCCCUCUGGGAUGGUGAACUCUUAACUCAUUCAGACCUUGAUGUACCUGAGAAGCUCAAGAGCAACUAAAAACCUCUAAAGAACAAUGAUGGACUUUCAGAGGAUUCUCUGUCUGAGAGACUGGACGGUUCAGAUUGCAACAGAACAAUGGGAGACAUUUCCCUUUGACAAUAUCCUUGCCUGAUAAGAAAAUAGAAUUUUAAACUGUCCAACUUGUUUUUCCCAGAGAAAAAGAUCAGACCUCUAGAUACCAGAUUGAAACCAAUCUCUGUAUAUGUAGCAUUAAAAUAUUAAGUCAAGGAACUCAGCAAUAGGGUACAUUUUAACUCUCUGCCUCAAUUCCCUCUUUUUUGAUAAAUAAGAUUCGCUGCCUACAGAAUUUGUGUGGGGUGGGGGGCAGGUCAAUUUGAACUCAGUAAUUUGGGGUUGGUUGUACACAAAAUUGCUUCAGAAGGUAGGUCUAAAAGAACAAGUUGCUUUCUUGACAACUAUUUUUGUGUAUGAUUACUAGCCUCAAAAUUUGUUGAUGUUAUCUCAGGAUGGGAAACCUCUCACCUUCCAAAUGUAGUUGAGCUUCAUCCCUCAUGAGCCCUACUAAUCAAGGAACUGGUAGUCCAAGAACAUCUGAAAGGCCACACAUUUCCCAUUCAUGCUGUAUUCAUGUCUUUUAAUUAAUUGAAUAGACUCUUAAUCUCAGUCUUAGGAAUCUGCUUAAGCUUUGGAGUUGGAAAAUAAGAAACAUCCACUGUCAGCAGGCUUCUCUAUAUAAUGCAUAGCUACUGCUGCCCUCUGCUGACCUGGUUAAAGGCAUCUUCAUUGAGAAACUGUCACACUUCUAAACACCAGUUUCAUAGAAAUUACUUCAUUACACUAACCAAAAUCCCUACAUUCCAUAAUAUCCAGGGUUGCCUUUGCCGGAAUCUGUCAACAAUGUAAUAUAAAACAGCCAAUUUAGAUCUACAACUGUGUAAGUUCAACCUAGGUAAUGGGAAGGAAAGAUGAUAGGCAGAUGACAGACACAAUUACCCACAAAUAAACUAUUCAUGUUUUCUUAUUAUACUCAUUUAUAUCCUGCAUUUUCCCAAGUUUGGGAGUCAAGAUGGCUGGGACAUCUCUGAAAUGUACUACGCUGACAAGUUCUCUAGAGGUUUCAUUUUAUGGAAAAUAAUCAAGAAAAGGGAGCUGUUUUGAAGAGCACCUCAUGCAUGCACAAAUAUCAAUAAAAAUGAUAUUGUCUAAUACAA